GAAGUCAUGAUCAAAUCUUCAAAUAACUCAGAAAAUGAAUUGGUUCAUGUGAGCAAAUGAAUUGGUAGAAUAGUUUAGGAACACUUUCAUUGCCACGACUCGGUAAAUCGUAUCUAUUUACAAAAGAUUAAAUCAGAUAUAAUUUCGUGACUUUAAAACAUUGCAAUUGGUGUUAUGCGUGAAUGACUAAUCUGAUGUUUCAAUAUUAGACCUUUUCAAAUUCAAACAACACAACACCACAGGGGAAGCAUUGCAUGGGCAUUGUUUUAACUUAGUCAAAACGAAACUAAUUGGCAAAUUGCAGUAAAGUCACGCAGUUGAAUAAAGCUUCGAGCCUUCGACAUUCAAAAAAGGCUUUAUAGUUUUGUAUGUCAACAAAUAUCGGUCCAAUUAUGUCUCGUUUACAGUUCCUACUGUUCGUUAUACUUUUGAAUGUUUUGUCAACGUCACAGGAACGACUGUGUAGGUACAAGAAAUCUGGAGGAUAUUGUCGGAUGCAUUGUUGUGGUAAACCAGACGAUAAGUUGCUUUGCCUCGACAGUUGUGAUGGUAUAUCAUGCUCCAAGUCAGACGACUGCGAUGAUGAUGGUUGCUGUAACAGUGGCAAAUGUACCAACAUUGGAUGCAAGACGCCGUGGUAUGUCAUUGCCACACCAGUUCUCGUGAUUGUCUUGGCAGUUUGCAUUGCUGCGUAUCGAAUAUGGUGCGUGAAAAAUCGUCGAGUUUCACAGGCAGGUAUGAUAUAUAAUAUGUAUUCAGUACACCCGUCUUCAAAAUUACGCAACCAGGCCGAGAGUAGCUAAAGUUAGCAUAGUUAAAAUUGAUCUUGUACAAUCAAUGUUAUGGCUGUUUAAAAUAAACUCUGGUUCAUGCCAACGGACCGUUGGAACGAAUCAUGUUAAGUAUAGGUCUGAUGUCCCCUUACUUUAAACAAUAUUUCAAAUCCGACUAUGAAGACUGGAAUAGAUUUGAUGUCGAUCCGCGCAAUUUGAUCAAACUCGAGGCGAAGCCGAGUCUAAUCUAGUCCAGUCCGAAUUGGAGGAUUUGAAAUGAUAUCUCAUAUGAAUAUAUAUGAAUAUAUGUGUGGGUGAAUUAAUUUUGAUAUAACGACUGAAUUAAUUUUGAUCCAGUUCUAGGACUGGAUUAAUAUACUUCACCAGGUAUCCAGUAUUAUCAUGUGAGCAAAAUAAAGCAAUAUGAUUGGCUAAUUUACCAUUACAUAUUGAUUAACAUUGUAUAAUGGCUUGUUAGGCAUUGGUGAAAUCACCACAGAUCGUGGUUUCGAUUUGCGGGGCAGACGCAUGACACUGAUGUGAAAAGAGUCAGUCAUGAAUGCUCCAUACAGAAAGUCGUGGGUUUUCUCCGGGUAUUCCAGUUUCCUCCCACAGGGAAUGUUGAAAGGUUAUGUUGAGAUUAGCUCCUAACUGACCAUUUCACCGUAGCUGUGCUCCGUGAUCAGACAUGAGUCAUAAGGUGGCUGCCAGAGACGCCCUUAGAAAGUCUUCGACUCGAUCAGGUUGAGCUUCGUCCUUCGUAAUUCAGCUUAGCUCUUAGACUUGGAUCAAGUCCGUCUCUCUAGAGUUGGAGUCGCGAAGCGACGAGAUCGAGCGCGCCGCGAAGCGGCGUGCGAGGUGCAAGAGAGGAGGGAGAGACGGACUUGGCUCACCUGCAAUGUUUCGAAUCAGAUUUAUUAUUUUGGCGGGAAUUAUGUACACGAAACCGCAAGUGUCAGGGCAAAAUUAUUAAAAUUCCCGUCGCGAUCGAAACUAAAAUACGCCUUUAAUAUAAACUAUAAGCCUUAUAUUUAAAGAUACACUUUUUAUCAAAUCGUAUCUAUAGACUCUUCUAGUUAGUUAUUAUUACUAUAUGCACAAAAUUUGUCCUGAACAAAAUAUCCCUGACUGUAUCAAAAUUUCGUGUGAUCACGAAGUUUGCCGUGACACUUAAUAUAAGUAAAAAAAAUAAUAGUGUGACACUAGUUGUGCAGUUUUAUAUAGUAUAGUCAUAUCAAUAACCUUCUUAAAACGUAUUCAUCAUUUAAUUAAGUAUAAACUAAACCGGACACGAAGAGAGACAGCACCAUGUCUAUGGACAGCAGGCUAUACAUUUUUGAAACAAGAUACUUUGUUAUUUCCGCUCUAUUGCAAUUAGCAUAAAUUAUUGCAAUCUAGUUAUGACGCGUUACCGACGGAAAAACGGGUCGGUAAAUUUGGCGCGCUUGCAGGUGAGCCAAGUCCGUCUUCUCCCUCAAACUUUCCCGCGUUAUGGCACCUCGCGCUCUCCCUCGGACUCUAGAGAGACGGACUUGAUCCAAUCUCAGCUGCAAGUAUUUAUAAGGAUGAUUAGCACAGUUCCAUUUACUUACAAUCAAAGCUGUUAUGAUAUAUUUCCAGGGGUAAUUGUAUCAGUCGUUGGACGAGAUGGUCAACUUUAUGCCCAUGAUGACUCUGUGGCUCUUCUGACUGGUGAUGAUGGUGUUCAAGAACAAGCUCAAGGAAGUGAACAACCAACUGCGCAGACAACGUGGAAAGAGAUGCCGGACUUGCCACCGCCCUAUGUACCUUGACGUCGUCCUUUAACUUUUCAGUAUAUAUCGUAAAACGUGCCACAUAGACAGGAAAUAAAAAGUUCAAGAUACACCAUUUGUUUACGAGUUUACGAACUAUUCUCCGAUCAAUUUUCGUACCCCGGUCCGGAAUAUCUUGGAUUUCGUUGCAAGUCGUACCUCGAUUUACGGGUACGUUUAUAUAAGUACGUUUAACAAGUUUAUUUAGGGAGCGGUCAUUAUUUAUGGUGGCACCGAAGAGAAAGGUUUUUCGUAAAAAGUAAAAAAAAUUGAUUACACCAACCUCAAAUAUCAAUUGAAAAAUAAAUACCCACCCCUGGCCAAAAACUUUACAAAUGGAUACCAUUCAGUUGUCACACAUGUCCUUUAUCACUUCUGUGACAUGAGUUUGAUAACUGCUUGUGAAAUUUUCUGCAGUCUAAAGUUUCAUGUUGUCUGCACAUGUACUUUCUUUCCAGACACCAUUUGCCUCCCAACAAAUCGGGAAAUUAUCCAGAUAUAGUGACUCUGAUUGAUUCACAUAUUGUAUUGACAUAUGACAUAUGACUGUUGACAUCUUGCCAUAUUUGACAUAUUGCCAUAUUGAUGACUGUUGCUUCUCAGUCUUCAAUAUUUCAGUGAGUCAUGCUUUGGAAAUGACAAUAAAUUUUUAUCACCCAAUCCUUGAGUUGUUUUCUUUUUCUU